CAAAUGAGAACACAACUACAGAAAACACAGUAACCAGCAUUACAACAACAGAAAGUACCACAACAGACACCACAACAACAGCCAGCACCACAUCUGAGAUUAAAAAAACAGAGAGCACCAAAACUCCAGAAAGUACCACAAUGGAAGCCACAAAGACAGAAGGUAUGACUACUGGUAUCACCAAUCCAGAAGGCACCACAACAGCGACCAAAACAACAGAAAACACCAUCACAACAACAGAAAGUAAAACAAUGGAAACUACAACAACAGAAAGUACCACCACUACUACCGCAACUCCAGAAAGUACUACAGAAAGCACCACAACAGACACUACAACAACAGAAAGCACCCCCACAGGUACCACAACACCAGAAAGCACCACCACAGGUACCACAACUCCAGAAAGCACCACAAUGACAGAAAGUACAACCACUGGCACCACCACUUCAGAAAGUACAACAACAGACACAACAACAACAGAAAGCACAACAACUGAGACAACAACAGAAAGCACCACAAUGACAGAAAGUACAACCACUGGCACCACCACUCCAGAAAGUACAACAAAGGAGACCACAACAACAGAAAGGACCACAACAACAGAAAGCACCACAACGGACACUACAACAACAGAAAGCACCACCACAGGUACCACAACAACAGAAAGCACCACAACCGGUACCACAACUCCAGAAAGCACCACAAUGACAGAAAGUACAACCACUGGCACAACCACUUCAGAACGUAUGACAACAGAGACCACAACAACAGAGAGCACUAAAACAGAAAGUACCACCACUGGUAUUACAACUUCAGAAAGCACAACAACCGAGACCACAACAGACACUACAACAUCAGAAAGCACCACCACAGAAGGAACAACAGAAAGUACCACCACCGGAACAGCAACUUCAGAAAAUACAACAGCAGACACUACAACAACAGGAAGCACCACAACUGAGAUAACAUCAUCGGAAAGCACUACAAUGACAGAAAGCACCCCCACCGGUACCACAACUUCAUAAAGUACAACAACGGAGACCACAACAUCAGAAAGCACCACAAAGGAUGGAACAACAGAAAUUAACACAAGCGGUUGAUAUUUUAAUGUUUCCUUAAAAUGUAUUCUGUACAUAGUGGCUCCAGAGAAAGUUAAAAUAGGAUCCAUCUAAUAAAUUGCAGUGGAAGAAUAAACGCACCUGUCAGGUCAUCAUGAGAUUCUAAUGAGUAACAUUCAGGUAUAUACAAAAAGACAA